AUGGAAAUUCCUGUGUUUCCAUUUGUGCCCAUUGCCUCUAGUCCUGUCCUGGGCUCCACUGGAAAGAGCCUGGCUCUUCUUGUACCCCCUCUUCAGGGAAGCAGAUCAGAAACUUCUGCAGCCAAAGCGAGUGAGGAAAUAAUUGAUACUUCUGUCAGAUUCUCUCAGACUCCUCCACUGAGGGCCAAAGCUGCAUGGGGAAAAAAGAGGUUUAAUCUGAAUGCAAGACCCACACCACCAGAGCUGCAAAAGCGACUUUACAAGAGGAACCGAGAGCAGGCAGAGAGACCAGCUACCCAGUACAAGUCCUUCAGUUCGCCCAUUGUCCUCUUGCCUGAAGCUGAGGAGGAGGAUCUCUACAUAGCAGUCCUGCCCCAGCCUUUGAAGGGAAUACUGGACAUCUCCCUAAAGGCUGCUUUGAUUUGGGAGAUGAGUGACUCCCACACACGCUGCCCUGAGCAGUGGGUGGCCUACAGAGGGAGCUGCUACUCCUUCUCCAAGGAGAGGAAGGACUGGUAUUCCAGCCAGGAAUCCUGCUGGGCACAGGGAGCUCAUCUCCUGAUGAUCAGCGAUACCUGGGACACGGACCUGUUCAAGAGUAUUCAAUCAGGAUAUUUCUGGAUUGGAUUGAGGAACAGCACAGGCUCUGGAUGGAUUUGGGAAGAUGGCUCUAUAUUCGAUGGCACUAAAGUCCUCUCCAACAGCCCGAUGCAACAUUGUGUUGUCCUGAUGAAAGAUCACUUUCAGGCCUCCAGCUGUGAAUUUUGUGCUCCAUGGAUCUGUGAGAAAUCUCACAGAUAAAUCCUAUGUGCAUUUUCAUUUAAUAGCCAUCUCGUCAGUUGUACAAGUAGUCACUGUCCUGCAAACCAAAGCUCUACACAAGACCAAGGACUUGCCUUUUCCACACCCUCACAAAGGUGUUUUGCAGGGACAAGCUUGUUGCCCGUAAGGGUGAGUUAUCCUCAGCAGUAGAUCUGCUCAGUCCACAUGUGUUGGAUUAAUGCUGUCUGUGACCAGAUGAGACCUGAGUUAGAUUCUCUGGCCUAGUCUCUUUGCCUGAUUUGUUACUAUAAGGGCAAACAGAAAAUUAGUCACAACAGAUUGCUGGGUCUUCAAAUCUCUGAGGGUGAGUUGGCCAUUUUCCUCCAUUCCUGAGCAUCAGAUUUCAUUUCCAUUUCCUGCAUUUCCAUUGUCUGGUGUCAGCAGGAUCAGGAAAAUGAAGCCUGCUGAACAGACUUCUCCCGGUAGCAGCCUCUUCUUUUGCAUUCCAGGGCUAUGAAUGAGAGAGAAGAGGGGGAAAUGAGACUACAACUUCUGUAAAUCCAUCAGUGAAAAGAAACCUCCAGUACUGCACUGGACCAAAAGUGUGUACCCAUGUCAAUGCUUCUCUCUGUUGGAAGGAACCAUCUGCAUGCCAUGCUUUACAGGACAGCUUCAGCCAAACUAGUCAAGAGGCUGGACUUCCAGAGGCAAAGGAAUAUGGUUAAUUGUGCAUUGUUGAAUCAACCAAAAAUGUGUUUCUGCCUCCAUCUUUGCAGUUUCAGAGAGAGGAAGAAGUGGACAAAUCAUUACUACAAGGAGCUUUUAGUUCAAAUAGAGCAGAGACAGGCUAAGAGUGUGAAAAGCGUAUAAACAGAGGGAUAUGGUGUAGUUGGGAAUUGUCAGUGCCAGGUUAAUGGUUGGACUAGAUGAUCUUCAAGGUCCUUUCCAACCUAGAUGAUUCUGUGAUUCUGUGAAACACAGUGAACUUUAAGGGUGGGACAGUAGGUUGCACUUCCACUGACCUGAAGUCUCUUUUUCCACCCAGAGAUUUUAUUCCAACAAAGGAAGAUAAAUUUUAUUA